AUGGCGCACUCGGCCGCAGUCAUCGGCUCAACCGGCCUCGUCGGAUCCCACAUCCUGUCGAACCUCAUCAACUCGGAGGCCUUUGCCGUCGUCAACACAAUCUCCCGCCGCCCCCCCAAGGCCGGCGGCCUCACUCUCAAGCCCAUCAUCGAGGCCGACACCUCCGCGUGGCCCCCGAAGCUCGCCGCCCUGCAGCCGCUGCCGACCGUCGUCUUCUCCGCGCUGGGCACCACCCGGGCCGCCGCCGGCGGUAUCGCCGAGCAGUGGAAGAUUGACCACGACCUCAACGUCGAGCUCGUCAAGGCCGCCAAGGCAGCCGGCGUCAAGGCCUUCAUCUUCGUCUCCUCCGCCGGCACCCGCGGCGCCAUCUCCGGCCAGGCACCGUACUCCAAGAUGAAGAACGGCGUCGAGGAUGCCAUCAAGGAGGCCGAGUUCGACCACGGCAUCAUCCUCAAGCCCGGCAUGAUCCUCGGCCAGCGCGAGCAGGGCCGCGCCGGCGAGGGCAUCUUCCAGAGCGUCAUCAAGGGGCUGGGCAUGGUCAGCCGGGCCGCCCAGGACAGCCUGGGCCAGGACGCCGAGGUCAUUGCGCGCGCCGCCGUGCACGCUUCCGUCCUCGUCGAGCAGGGCAAGGCGCCCAGCGGCCUGUGGGUGAUUGAGGCCCACGACAUCGUCCGCCUCGGCCGGACAGAGUGGAAGCACGGCGCCUGGCCCCGAUCGUAG